AUGUUUGACUGGAGGUUCGGAACGGCUACCGAUAUUCAUGAAGAAUUCAUGGAAGAUUAUCUAGCAGGAUUGCGCACCUGGGCUGACCUCCGCGACAUGGAUUUGCCCGUUCCAAAUCAAGGAGAUGCCGGCGCGUAUUGCUUAUUGUCCUUGCGGAAUUGGUUGGAGCACAACUGCAGCACAGACGAAGAAAAAAUCGAUCAUCUAACAAGCUUCCUCAAACGCAUGAACGCGGAAAAGCGUAGAAAUAAAGGAGUAGAAUUAAAAGCGCAGAGAAGUAAAAGAGCAGCAAAGAACCAUUCUCAGUGGCGUGGAAUGACUACAAUUCGCCACGAGGUCACCAGAGGAGACCUCAACUCGAAACUAGGUCGUGUCGAAGCAGAGGAGAUCGCAGAGAAGAAUCCACCAGAACCCAAGAAGAAGAGGCACAGCUACCGGAGGGGAGUUGACUUGUUGCGCAGUAAGCGAAUGCGGGAGGCAAACGAGCAACGAGCAGCAGGCGCAAGCCCUGUGAAAAUCAAUAAAACCUUCAAUAGCUACUCGUGUGAUGAGCAGAGGCGCGAGGCUGUAAGAUUGAUGUACUCUCAUGCUGUUGAAGGUGUAGGUGGUGCGGACGAAAAGCUUCCUGCGAAGCAGGAGUGGGACUCCGAUGAUGAGGAGGAGGAGGAGGAAGUAGUAAAACGUGACCCAGUCAAUGUCGAACAAGAGAAGUCGUACUACAAGGGAAUCAAGUCGGCUGUGCAACGAAAGUGGACUACGGAUAAGAGAACUGACACCAGCUUCCACAACUUAGCACUACAACAGACGCGGCGAUGGUUACAGGAUGUGAAGUACAAGCCGGUGGGCAACUUAGAAGUUCGGCCUCGGCAACCACAUCCAGUAGAGCUGAGUCUGGCUGCAGCGUGCCGGGCUAUCCGCAAGAAGAAGAGCGGAAAAGGAGACGACGAGUUGACUGUGCCGGAGCAACUAGAUGACGCGACUGAUUUUUUUGACGAAAACUACGACGAAGAGCAGGACGAGGACUUGCUUGACGCUCCAACUACUUGCUUUGUUGUAAGACUAGACUCUCGUGGUGGUGAUAAUAACGAGCAAGAGCAAGAGCGGCUUCUACCAGUGGAAGACUACUCAUCCGAGUGGCUUGUCACGGUGCGAAUUGAUCUACAAGCCCGAGACUUUUCUGCAGUGCGAGUCAACAUAGAGGAGCGGAGUGACGGACAGGCGUUCACACUGCGGCGAGAAAUAGCUCAUAGUCAGAAGAUCUUCAGGGACGACCGCUACAAGACCGCGACUUGCAAGAUUUGGGAAGCGUUGCCGCGCGGCAGGCAGGAUGAUGGGCGGACUUCCCUAGAACUCAAGCAGGGGAGCUUGGUGCGGCCGAAAAAAGCGCAGAGUAAGAACAAGAAGAUCAAAGCAGAGGAGAAGGUAGUGGAGCUCUCCUACUUUGAACAAAUCAUGCAGCAGACGAAGAAAGCUACGCUGAAGCGGCAGGCGUACAGGACAGAUGGCGAAAUCGUGAAGGAAAAGAAGGAGCGGAAGGCCAAAAAGGAUAAGAGAAAGCACGCCACAGAAGAAGAACUAGAGGAGGAGAUCAAAGGAGGUUGCGAGUUGUUCUUCGAUCCUGAUCGCGACCUGCCCAAGCCGAAGAAAAGAAUGAUAUGA